CUGAAUGGAAUUGGAUAAAGGGAGGGGGGUCUUCAGAGAGGGGCAACUCAGAGGGAAAAUCUCACUGCGGGCUGCACCAAAGUUUUCAGUUCCUCAGAUCUCCGCCCCUCCAUGAAUGUUAUAUGGUGAAACAUAAAACAGCAGCAGGCCUGUAUUUGGUGGCCCACUCUCUUCUUGAAACUGAUAUUGUACAACAUUAUGAAAGGGGGUACAGGGGACAUGGAGAACACGUCCAAGGUGGAGCCCUCUAAUGGGCACAACAGGUCCCUGGACAUUGUGCCCAGUACAGAGGAGAAGAUGACAGACAGGGGUCAGUGGGGCAACAAGAUUGAGUUUGUUCUGUCAGUGGCCGGAGAAAUUAUUGGCCUGGGGAACGUCUGGCGUUUCCCCUACCUUUGUUAUAAGAACGGAGGAGGUGCCUUCUUCAUCCCAUACCUCAUCUUCUUGUUUGCUUGUGGCAUCCCGGUCUUCUUCCUGGAGACGGCUCUGGGUCAGUACACCAGUGAGGGAGGCAUCACCUGCUGGAGGAAAAUCUGCCCCUUGUUUGAAGGAGUGGGUUAUGCCACCCAGGUGAUUGUUGCUCUGCUUAACGUCUACUACAUCGUCGUGUUAGCCUGGGCCGUCUUCUAUUUGUCCCAGUCCUUCACCUGGGAUCUGCCCUGGGCCUCCUGCAACAACACCUGGAACACAGAUUCCUGUAUGGCAUUUCAGAGGGGGAAUAGCUCCAUCAAUCACCAUGAGAACACCACCUCUCCUGUCAUUGAGUUCUGGGAGCGAAGAGUGCUGAGAAUUUCCUCAGGUAUUGAUCACAUUGGCUCUCUGAAUGGGGACCUAGUUAUCUGUCUGGCCGUUGCAUGGGUCAUCUGCUACUUCUGCAUCUGGAAGGGAGUCAAGUCUACUGGCAGGGUUGUUUAUUUCACAGCAACCUUCCCUUAUGCUAUGCUGGUGGUCCUGCUGAUCAGAGGGGUUACCCUGCCUGGAGCCUCCAGGGGAAUCCACUUCUACCUCUACCCCGACCUGGGACGGCUGUCUGACCCACAGGUAUGGAUGGAUGCUGGGACUCAGAUCUUCUUCUCCUAUGCCAUCUGCUUGGGUUGCCUCACUGCUCUGGGAAGCUACAACAAAUACAACAACAACUGCUACAAAGAUUGCCUGUCCCUCUGUUUCCUGAACAGUGGUACCAGUUUUAUUGCAGGGUUUGCCAUCUUCUCCAUCCUGGGCUUUAUGUCCUACGAGCAGAACGUGCCCAUCUCAGAAGUGGCUGAAUCUGGUCCAGGCUUGGCCUUCAUAGCCUAUCCUCGUGCUGUGUCCAUGAUGCCUUUCUCCCCUCUAUGGGCCUGCUGCUUCUUCAUCAUGAUCGUCUUUCUGGGACUGGACAGUCAAUUUGUGUGUGUGGAGAGCCUGGUGACAGCCAUGGUGGACAUGUAUCCGGCCACCUUCCGGCGUAAAAACCGCAGAGAACUCCUAAUCCUGGCAGUGGCUGUGGCGUCCUUCCUCCUGGGGCUCAUCAUGCUGACAGAGGGUGGCAUGUACAUCUUCCAGCUCUUUGACUACUAUGCAGCCAGUGGGGUCUGCCUGCUCUUCGUGGCUAUUUUUGAGACUGUUUGCAUUGCUUGGAUUUAUGGUGCCGACCGUUUCUAUGACAACAUAGAGGACAUGAUUGGCUAUCGCCCCAGCCCUGUCAUCAAAUAUUGCUGGCUUUUCUUCACUCCUGCAACAUGCAUUGGAACCUUUGCUUUCGCCUUGAUCAAGUACUCACCUCUGAAGUACAACAAUGAAUAUGUAUAUCCAUGGUGGGGAUAUGGGAUUGGCUGGAUACUGGCCCUGUCCUCCAUGCUGUGUAUCCCUCUCUGGGUAGCAAUGAAACUGUACUACACCCCUGGAUCACUGAGAGAGCGCCUUGUUCUCUUGACCACUCCUUCCACUGAUUUACCGAAGACAAAACUGGAGCAGGAGAAGCUGCUGGCCAUCUUCGCAGCAGACCGCGACAGCCUCCAUCAGAAAUCCCCUCCCACUAAGGAUGGCUACUUCCCUGUUGAUGAAAAAGAGUCUCAUUGCUAGAGACUUGAGGUGUGGAAUCAGAGCCUUGUAGGGGUCAAAGGUCACUCCUCAGCUUUGACACUCUGUCUGGCUCCAUCCCAAUUCUCUCUGCAAUACCUCACCAGACAGGGUGGCAUACAGGCACGGUGCAGACUUUAAGAGUCCCCUACUCUGUAACUGCUGAUCUGCUGCUGGAGCUUCCUCUUUUGUACACCGCCUUCAGUAUAAUGCCAUCAGCAUUCUUACUUAAAGGGGCUGUGCUUGAUAUUCAGAAACAAAUUGGUCAUGGAUUGAGUCCAUAAAGCUCUCACAGACUGUUCCCUUACUCGUCAAAUACCAACGUUUUGUCACGACCCUCUGCGUCUGUUACCGACACACAAGGCACUCACAUGCACUAACAUGCACCUGCGGCCAGACCGGCUAUCAAAAUAUUGAACAGAGAAGCUCAGAUCCCAACACACACAGAGGAACAGUGACUUCAUCCUCUGCUCAGGAUGCCAUAUGCUAUAUCUUUACACAGCAAAUAGUUCUUUACUUCUAUAUUGAUGUUUUGAAUAUCAAGUACAGCCCCUUUAAAGAGUUACAUAAGUUGGUUACCAUCUCAUUUGCCAGGGGCAGCGUCACAUGUACACUUGAAUCAAUGUAGCCAUUGUUGUAACACAGUGGCUAAGAAUUUACAUUUGAUCGUGUCUGCUUUCUAAGGAAGCAUUUUUUUCUGUUAUGGACAUCUCUAAUGUUCAGUUAGUUUGACAUGACAUUACAGUUACUUUAUUGAUUCUAUCAGCUAUCUGCUGCAAAUGGAGCACAAGAGGAGUCACAUGAAUAAAAGCUGUGUGUGUGUGUUUAAAUGCACGUCUGUAUACAGAGUUCAAGCGUAUUCCAGUUUUUGCUGUAUUAUAGAAAGUUAUCAUCUCAGGAUGUAACAUUUUCUCAUUAAAAAGAAUCCUACAAAAGCACAGUUAUAGUAUAAGUAAUAGUUUAAAUGUAUAUUUAGCUGAACUAACCAGAACUCAACUCAAUUAAGCUUUGCUGUUGUUUCAGAACAAUGUUACAAUGUUCAUUUAUUCAAUGUUUUUUAUUUCUUUUGCUGAACAUUGCAGAGUUACAUGAAUAUGUUACAUGCUUUUUUCCAAUCUUUUGAAUAUUGACAUGAUUUUAAUGUAGUCCUUUUUGCCUUAUCUCUAAUGCAUUGAUUUGUAUGAAAUUAAAAAGUAAAGUGCCUGAAGGAGGCAGUUGUGCCAUUUAGAUAAUAUAAACAGGGCAGUCUGGUUGAAGGGUUUCAUUCCAAAAUGAACAUCUCUCUUGACAUCUCUUUUUUUGCUGUAUAAUAAUGAACUUGAGCAUGUGUUUCUUUAGAUGUUGAAAUACUUUUACAUAACUUUUAUAUGCUAAAAUUAUUUUUUAUGACGGAAUAAAAAAUACCUUCAUUUGAAA